UCGCAAAGAGUCGGACACGACUGAACUGAACUGAACUGAGACUGAAAUGGGCCCAUUAAAAAGUUAAGGAUGAGGUUCACAUGAGACGUAAAGGCAAGCUUACUGCUACAGAAGAGAAAAAACGCCCCCUCCAAGCUCCAAGAGCUCCAAGACGGGCAAAGAUGCCUGGGAAAUGGAGUCCCAGACCCUGAGGAUACCCGAAGGCUUCUGGGAAGUGCAGUCCAAAGUCAGCCCGUCUCCUUCUGCGCAGCCUCAAAAGUCUCUGCGAAAGGAAGCCUUGAGAAGUCGUGCAGCGCCGUCCUUCCACCGGAAGUGUCCGAUCGGAACCAGCCCUGUGGGAGAGGAGAGUUCUUAAAACUAAAAAAGGCUCUUCACAGAGCAGAAGUGGAAUUCUAAUAAUACAGUUUAUUUCAAGAUGGCAACUGAAUCAAAGAAAACUGCAGCUCAGAACCUUCAGGAGGAUGAAGGACUUCUGAUAGUGAAGAUGGAAGAGGAAGAUUUUGUCUGGAGGCAGGAUGCUUGCUUACAGAGGAGUGAUCCCCUCAGGCAGGAACUCUGCCGGCGGCUGUUCCGGCAGUUCUGCUACCAGGAUUCUUCCGGGCCCCGAGAGGCACUGAGCCAGCUCCGGGAGCUCUGCUGUCGGUGGCUGGAGCCAGAAACCCAGACCAAGGAGCAGAUCCUGGAGCUGCUAAUUCUGGAACAGUUCCUGGCUAUCCUGCCAGAGGAUCUGCAGGCCUGGGUGCGUGAACAUUACCCAGAGAGUGGAGAGGAGGCAGUGACCCUACUGGAAGAUUUAGAGAGAGGCACUGAUGAAGCUGCACUCCAGAUUCCAAUCUGUGGACAUGGACAAGAACCAUUCAGGAGAAAAGUGGCACCUCUUGGGCCAGCUCUUAGUAUCCAGUUCCAGCCAGUGGACACCAUGGCCCUCCAUGGUUCUUCAGAACCCCAGCUCCUACUGGACUGUGAUAACAAGAGUGAAAACAGUGAAUCCAUGCCAAAGCUGGACAUUUAUGAGAAAAUGGAAUCACAGAGAAUUGUAUCAGGAAGAAUUUCAGAAUUUGUGUCAGAAGGAUCUGCUGAGCCUCAAGACAUCUGUAAGUCUGCAGGCAAGAUAAAGAGGCAGCAGGAAAAAGACUCAGGGGAGUCUCGGAAAUCAUCAUCUGCUCAGGAUGCAGCUUUCAGUAAAAUCCUCACCCAUAAAAAUACACUUACAGGUGAAAUAAGCCAUGAUGGCUGUGAGAGAAACUUAAAUCUGAACUCAAAUGAAUUUACACACCAGAAAUCUUGUAAACACAGUACGUGUGACCAAAGUUUCAAAUGGAAUUCAGAUUUUAUUAAGCAUCAGAGAAUUUAUGCUGGAGAAAAAAUUCACCCAUGUGGGAAAUCUCUCAAGAACCCAAACCUUAUUAAACAUACAGCAGUUUUCACUGGCGAGAAGACCCAUCAGUGUAAUGAAUGUGGAAAAGCUUUCAGACACAGCUCAAAGCUUAUUAGGCAUCAGAGAAUCCACACUGGAGAGAGACCCUAUGAAUGUAAUGAGUGUGGAAAAGGCUUUGGGGGGAGCUCAGAUCUUAUUAGACACCAAAGGAUUCACACUGGGGAGAGACCCUUUGAAUGCAAAGAAUGUGGGAGAGCAUUCAGCCUGAACUCACAUCUUAUCCUGCAUCAGAGAAUUCACACCAGGGAGAAACCCUAUGAAUGUAGUGAAUGUGGAAAAACCUUCAGAGUGAGCUCACACCUUAUUCGACACUUGAGAAUCCACACUGGAGAGAAACCCUAUGAAUGCAGUGAGUGUGGAAGAGCCUUCAGCCAGAGCUCACACCUUAGUCAACAUCAGAGAAUUCACAAGAGGGAAAACCUGUUCAUGAACUUUGCCAUCAAUGAAUGGUGCCACACCAGGGAACAGAUCCUGGAGCUGCAAGUGCUGGAGCAGUUCCUAACCAGCCUGCCCCAGGAGCACCAGGCCUGGAUGUCAGAACAUCAGCGAAAGGAUGACAGGGAGCCAGUGAUCAUGUUGGAGGAUUUGGAGAAAGAACUUGAUGAAACAAGACCGCAAUUGAUGGAGGUCGGGACGGAGUGGCGGAUGCUGUCCAGAGAGGUAGGCUGGCAAGGAGGACGCGUGUACUCGGACCUCGCGGGGGGCUCGGCCACACUGAAUGGCUCGGACCUUUCCUCCGAAGCCUCCGGAAACGGGGGCGCACGGCCGGGCAGGGUUAGCGGACGCACUUCCGCUGGCGGCAGGUCUGAGGCUCCGAGGAGCUGGAUCGGUAAGCGCGGCCGCCUCCCUUGGGCUGGGAUAAGACUGGCGGGAAGACAGCCGGACGCCGCGGUGGGACCCCCAGGUCGGUCGGGCGCGGGUCGGGGGAGUCACUUCCUUGCUCUUGCCGGCGCUGGAAGUGCCAGCGGAGACUCCACAGGAGCCCGCCCCACUGCCGGCCAGCGCUCCAGAAAGUUUCUAAGACUAGGACUCCUGGAAUCAGGCCAGCGGAUAGGAAAGGGCCCUAUGCUCAGUGGGGACAGAGUUGGGAAGUGGGCAUCCAGGCUGGUCCUUUGUGGGAUUUCUGGGGAUCAUUUACUCUGUGGGCCCUUCAGUUGCCUAAAUGAGCUUGCUUAUCCUCAGGUUUCAACCCACGCCUGGACACAGGAAGUGCUUUCUGAGACAUCGGUACCUCUGGAUCCAGCUAAGAAAGCAGCAUAUCUCCAGCCUCACACCAUGGAAAUCCAGUUUAAGGACCCUCAACACCAACAGGAUUGUGAUGAUGUGAUAAGAAUAAAGAAAGAAGAACCGGAUGAAAAGCAGGAACUUACUGUAGAUACGGAAUCCCAAGAAAAGUUUUCAGACCAAAUCAAUGGAGAGGCUUUUGAAUGUGGAGAAACCCAAGAACAUAAAGGAUGGAUGGAAAGAUAUCAGAGAAACACUUCAAAUGAGAAGAGAUAUAAGUGUGAUGAAUGUGGGAAAAGAUUCACUCUAAAGUCAAGCCUCAUUAGACAUAAAAGAAUCCACCCUGGAGAGACAUCCUAUUCGUGUAAUGUAUGUGGCAAAACUUUCAUUCAGAGCUCACAGCUUACUGACCAUCAGAGAAUACAUAGCCAGUUAAAACCACAUCAGUGUGAUGAGUGUGAGAAAGGCUUUUAUUACAGGGCACAUCUUGUUCAGCAUCAAAGGAUCCACUCUGGAGAAAAACCCUUCCAAUGUAAUGAGUGUGGGAAAGCUUUUCAUUACAGUGCAGGCCUUAUUCGACACCAGAGGACCCACACAGAAGAGAAACCAUACCAGUGUAAUGACUGUGGGAAAGCUUUUCAUUAUAACUCGGGCCUUAUUCGACACCAGAGGACCCACACAGGAGAGAAACCAUACCAGUGCAACGACUGUGGGAAAGCUUUCUGUCUGAGCUCACAUCUGAUACAACAUCAGAGAGUUCAUACUGGAGAGAAGCCAUACCAGUGUAGUGAGUGUGGAAAAAGCUUCAGCCAGAGCUCAGGCCUCUUCCAUCACCAGAGAAGCCACAGUGGGGAGAAACCAUAUGAAUGUGAUGAGUGUGGAAAGGCUUUCAGUCAUAGUUCAGCUCUUGUUGGACACCAGAGAAUGCACAGUGGAGAGAGGCCCUAUGAGUGUGAUGUGUGUGGGAAAGCUUUCGGCUAUAGCUCGCAUCUUCUGGGACACCGAAGAAUCCACACUGGAGAGAAGCCAUAUGAAUGCCAUGUGUGUGGAAAAGCUUUCCGACAGAGCUCACACCUCAUUGUACAUCAGCAAAUCCACACUGAAGAGAAGCCCUGGAUUAGCUCCACCGAGGCGAGGCUUCCUAGAGCGGCCCGGAAGUGCGUGGCUGAAAGCAGCGGCGCGUCGAUUGGUCGGUCAGUCUUCGUUCGGCCGCCCCAAAGGACGCUAACUGUCGCACCUGUUCCUCCUGGCGUGAGGCUGCCCCACCCCUCCAAACAGAGCUACGAGGGAGGACUAGGGCCAACAUGCCCGGAGAACGGCGCUAAAGGGGAACAGGACCUGCAAGCAUGGGUGCAGGCACACCAUCCAGAGACUGGAGAGGAGGCAGUGACUGUGCUGGAGGAUCUGGAGAGAGAGCUUGAUGAACCUCGAAAGCAGGUUCCAGGCAAUUCAGAAAGACAGGACGCACUUUUGGACAAGUUGGCCCCCUUGAGGAGGCCGCAUGAGUCAUUGACUAUCCAGCUUCAUCCCAAGAAGACCUGGCAGGAGCAGAAAUCUGGGGAGGCCCAAAGAAAUGGUAAUGAAACCAAGACUAAAACUGAAGAGUUGUCCCAGAAGGAAGAUAAAUCCAAAGACAUGGAAUUCCUUGGGAAGAUAAAUGACAGACUUAACAAAGAUAUUCUUCAGUAUCCUGAAUCCAAAGAUGCUUUUGAAAGUGAGGGCAUUUUUGAGUGGCAGCAGAGGAAAAGGAGAUGCUAUAAAUGUGAUGACUGUGGAAAAAGUUUCAGUCAUAGCUCAGACCUUAGUAAACACAGGAGAACGCACACUGGAGAAAAGCCCUAUAAAUGUGAUGAAUGUGGAAAAUCUUUCAUUCAACGCUCACAUCUCAUUGGACAUCAUAGAGUACACACUGGGGUGAGACCCUAUAAAUGUAAAGAAUGUGGGAAAGAUUUCAGUGGGCGUACAGGUCUCAUUCAGCAUCAGAGAAUCCACACAGGUGAAAAACCCUAUGAAUGUGAUGAGUGUGGGAGGCCCUUCCGUGGAACCAAGACCCGGACGGUCCCACCCGACGGAGAGAACACCAUCCGCGCCGCCCUCGCUUGGGCACUCACCCGCCAGCCCUCGUCUCCCGGUGCUUUCCAGCCCCUGGCGCAGGGCCCAGCUCACAGCGCCGUUUACCCGGCCGCAAAGGCCGGCCCGGGAGCUCUGGAACCGUUAGCUACUGGAAGUGGCCGAGACGCGCGAGAGCGCGAGGAAAGGGGCCGGUCUUCCCGGAUCCAGAACCCUGGCCUCUGCAAGCCCUCGGAUCAGCUCUCCGGGGCACCUUUAACUCCCCAGCGAGCCUGCGGGGCGGGGUCUCUGGGCCAAGUAUGGGAGGCGGAAGUGACACCACAAUCCGUUAUUCCUCACAACUUUGCCGGCGCCUUAGAGCCGCGCGCAACCCGGCGACGCGUAGACGCUAGAGGACAGCGAGCCCUAGCGUUCGGUUCCGUUCCUUUGCGUCUGUCCACCGUUUGUAACAUCCCUUCCCCACCGCGGGCCGCCCCUGGAACGCACGAAAUGGCAGCAGAAUCAAGAAAGUCUUUAGCCCCAUCCCCACCAAAUCAGGUUCCUGAAGAGGACCUUGUAAUUGUCAAGGUAGAGGAAGAUCAUGGUUGGGACCAGGAAUCAAGUCUACAUGAAAAUAACCCUCCUGGCCAAGAGCUGUUCCGCCUACGCUUCAGGAAGUUAUGCUACCAAGAGACACUAGGACCCCGAGAAGCUCUGAUCCAACUCCGCGCACUUUGCCAUCAGUGGCUGAGGCCCGAUUUGAACACCAAGGAGCAGAUCCUGGAGCUGCUGGUGCUGGAGCAGUUCUUGACCAUCCUGCCUGAGGAGCUCCAGACUCUGGUGAAGGAACAUCAGCUAGAGAAUGGAGAGGAAGUGGUGACCCUACUGGAGGACUUGGAAAGGCAAAUUGAUAUAUUGGGACGGCCGGUCCCAGCUCGUGCACAUGGACAUAGGGUACUCUGGGAGGAGGUGAUGCAUUCAGAAUCUGCAUCGGAGCCUCCAGAUACUCAGCUCCAGCCUGUGGCAAUGCAGCACAAAUCUCCAGUGCUCCAAGGGCCACAUAAUAGAGUCAUAUCAGUUUCACAGAGUCCUACCCCUUCCCAGAAAGGAAGUCCUCGAGACCAGGAGAUGACAGCUACACUGCUUACAGCAGGGUUCCAGACUUUAGAGAAGAUCGAAGACAUGGCUGUGUCCCUAAUUCGAGAGGAAUGGCUUCUUGAUUCAUCCCAGAAGGAUCUGAGUAGAGAUAACAGGCCAGAGAAUUAUAGAAACAUGUUCUCCCUGGGUGGUGAGACCAGGAAUGAGAACAGGGAAUUAACUUCAAAACAGGUAAUAUCUACUGGAAUCCAACCACAUGGAGAGACAGCUGCCAAAUGCAACGGGGAUGUUAUCGGGGGUCUUGAGCCUGGAGAAGCCCGAGACCUUCUGGGCUCAUUAGAGAGGCAGCGGGGAAAUCCCACCCAAGAGAGACGACAUAAAUGUGAUGAAUGUGGGAAGAGCUUUGCUCAGAGUUCAGGCCUUGUUCGUCACUGGAGAAUCCACACUGGGGAGAAACCCUAUCAGUGUAAUGUGUGUGGUAAAGCCUUCAGUUACAGGUCAGCCCUUCUUUCCCACCAGGAUAUCCACAACAAAGUAAAACGCUACCACUGUAAGGAGUGUGGUAAAGCCUUCAGUCAAAACACAGGCCUGAUCCUGCACCAGAGAAUCCAUACUGGGGAGAAGCCAUAUCAGUGCAAUCAGUGUGGGAAAGCUUUCAGUCAGAGUGCAGGCCUUAUUCUGCACCAGAGAAUCCACAGUGGGGAGAGACCCUAUGAAUGUAAUGAGUGUGGGAAAGCUUUCAGUCAUAGCUCACACCUCAUUGGACAUCAGAGAAUCCACACUGGGGAGAAGCCCUAUGAGUGUGAUGAGUGUGGGAAAACUUUCAGGCGGAGCUCACAUCUUAUUGGCCAUCAGAGAAGCCACACUGGGGAGAAACCCUACAAAUGCAAUGAGUGUGGGAGGGCCUUCAGUCAAAAGUCAGGCCUUAUUGAACAUCAGAGAAUCCACACUGGAGAAAGACCCUAUAAAUGUAAAGAAUGUGGGAAAGCUUUCAAUGGGAACACUGGCCUCAUUCAGCAUCUGAGAAUUCACACAGGGGAGAAACCCUAUCAAUGUAAUGAGUGUGGGAAAGCCUUUAUUCAGAGGUCAAGUCUCAUUCGACAUCAAAGAAUCCACAGUGGAGAAAAAUCUGAAUCCACAGGAGUUUAGGGAAAAACUUCAGUUGUAGAUUGGGCGUUAAUUCAACAUUAGAGGAACCAUGUGCUGGUGAGAGUUCUUUCACUGUUUAAAAAAAAAAGGGCAGAAAGUUCAACAUCAUUACAACCUUAUCUAGGGUCAGAUUGAUAGGGGUGGCAAAGUUAGAAUAGCUCUUCAGUAGUUUGGGUCCAGUGCCUUGAUACAAUUUAAUUAGCUUGACUAUCUUAGGAGGUGUCUGAUAGAGUGGAGCUCCUGAUGGUCUGAUCCUUUAGAAGCUUAAAAUAGCAUUAGAGAAAAAUUGCUUGUGUGGCUUGAGGCACUUAACUUUGUCUUUUUGGUGAGUAGCUGUAGGUUUGAGAGUAGCUACUCCUUCUAGUUUCUCUCUUCUUCCGAUCUCCUGUGAUCCCUGUCUCCCAUUUAUUCCCCUAAAGGUGCAUUUUGUGCUCCUAAUCUGAUCUAAGAAGCUGUUUUAGAGUUUGAAGCAGCCUCUGUAUGAGACUUACACUUAUAUUUAACUUUCUGAGCUCCUAGUUCUAGGGGAAUUUUUAUAAACACUUAAUGUAUUUAUGCUUGAGUGUACAUUUUAUUUUAUUCUAAUGCUCCUGAUAGUGGAAAUCCAUAUUCCCAUGCAAACUCAGAAUGCUAUAUUUUUAACAGCACUCCAGCAUUUUUCUUCAUAUAUCACCUUCACUGACUCCCCUGAGUCACUGAGCAUCCAUACGUAUCCUUCACCACCCCCAGCCCCAGUACCUGUGUCAGCAAAGGAAGUGGACGCAUUAGUGAUGGUUGUGGGAAUGAUGCAGAGAAAGAGGUGAGUGGAGACUCAGCAGCAGCAGCUCGGCUGCUCUUGAGCUUGGAUGGUUUACACCUUUUGGUAAUUUGACUCUCCUUUCCACCUUCCCACUGUACACUGUGGUACAAAUAGGUAUUUAUACUAUACUCAUUAAGGCGUCACACAGGAGACAAAGACAGAGGUGCUUGAA